GUAAUUGUAGGUUAUGUAACAUAACCCUAAAUUUCUGGUACUUUUCUCGAAAAAAAUCGUAUAAUUGGAAUUUUUCAGAAUGCAAUGCUUAGCGAGAAUCACGUCAGGUUUCUUCAGAUCACCCUCAGCAACCACCAGUACUCUGAUUUCUAACCCGAUUUUGGAAAGAAUUGGUGGAACGUUCGAUUUAUUCACGAGAAACAUUGUGAGAAAUCAUUUUCCAAGACCGAACGAAACGAGAAGAGUCCGGAGACACGGAUUCAAAACCAGGAUAUCGACACCGACAGGUCGAAGAGUACUCAUGAAUAGAAUACUCAAGGGAAGACAUGUCAUUAGUCAUUAGAAUGUUCGAAUUCGAUAGCAAUAAGAAGGGUAAUAAAACUAUUUGACUUUGUAAAA